GCCAGGGCCGGAAGCGCCCCUCCGUCGCCGCCUGUUCCCCUGGCUGGUUGGCAGCGGCCCGGUCGCGUCGUCCUCGGCUCCGUCCCUCACGUGGCCCGCCUCGCUCGCUCCCCCCCCCGCCGCCAUGUCGCCGGUGCGGGCCGUGCUGGCGCUGCUGGCCGCGCUCUGGGCCCCGGCGGCCGGCUACUUCGUCAGCAUCGACGCGCACGCCGAGGAGUGCUUCCUCGAGCGGGUCCCGUCCGGCACCAAGAUGGGGCUCAUCUUCGAAGUGGCCGAGGGCGGCUUCCUCGACAUCGACGUCGAGAUCACGGGCCCUGAUAACAAGGGCAUUCACAAAGGCGACAGAGAAUCCAGUGGAAAAUACACCUUUGCGGCCCACAUGGACGGAACAUACAAGUUCUGCUUCAGCAACAAAAUGUCCACCAUGACUCCCAAGAUAGUGAUGUUCACUAUUGACAUUGGGGAAGCUCCCAAGGGACAGGACAUGGAGACAGAAGGUGGUGGAGACACCUGGGAUGCUCAUCAGAACAAGCUAGAAGAGAUGAUUAACGAAUUAGCAGUGGCCAUGACAGCCGUCAAACACGAACAGGAAUACAUGGAAGUGCGCGAAAGGGUACAUCGAGCGAUUAACGACAACACAAAUAGCAGAGUAGUCCUCUGGUCGUUCUUCGAAGCCCUUGUACUAGUUGCCAUGACACUGGGACAGAUCUACUAUCUGAAGAGGUUUUUUGAAGUCCGGAGAGUGGUUUAAUCAAACUUGGCUCCCAGCCCCCUUUCUGGUGAUCCCAGACUCUGUUCACUCUUUUACCAAACACAAUUUCGUUGCAAAAAUCACAUAGUUUUCUUUAUCCCUGCAUCCCGAACUAUAAAGCUUUUUAAGUUUAAGGCCUUCUUAGCUUAAUUCUGGAUUUCUUUUUGUUUUUUGUUUUAUAUGAGGGGAUACCUGCCGCGAGUUAUUUUCUGAAAUUGGAAGAUUGUGUUUUGUAGCAAAUUGCUGACAUUUUGUCUAAGAGAAAUGGUUCAGGGCUUUUUCAUAGUAACGUUACAGACCUGUGGGGAAGAUUCUCUAACUUGACCAGUGAGUUUCCUCUCUACUUUCACUAUAGGAGAACAGUUCUGGUGUACCCCACUCCUAGCAGUGAUUCCCCCCAAAGGGCACUUUGCCGAAGAAGAAAUGAACGCGGUCCGGUACUGUUCAAACAUACACCGACUAGGAACGGGUGUAGUUAGGAUACUCUUAAGUGGCUUCUGCAAAAUGCCCAAUAUCUUUAGGGUGGUUCCACCGAUUUGUUCCUUGAGAUUUAAGUUGGAGAAACAAGGAUAACCUGGUUCCACAUGGCCUUGGCUUUCAAACCUGGAAGUUGGCAAUUGUAGCUGGGGAUUCAACGUCUUCCCCUCACUGUUGAUACUUCCAGAGCUGGUCCUCUCUGUAGUUCUAUGGCAGGAACAGGUCAUGCUGUCUGAACUCACAGUUUCCACGUUAGGGAGCAGAGGGGGAGAAGAUUUCUAUAUCGUGUUGCAGUCUGGGCCACUUGGUCAGGGCAACCUCGGACGGGGAUGACUUUUUCCUUGACCGAAACAGGAAUGAGACAGAAAAAUGCCACUUUCCUCUGUUGCCGAAUCUUCCCCAGAGGCUAUUUGCACACUGAACCGGUGCACAUUUUCAAGUUACGACUGCAAUUCCAUAAAUUUUCUCUCAAACCUUUCCUCGCUGCCCUGCUCUUACAGACACAGGAGCCUCUCUCAAGAAAGGCAUCGUUGUUCCGAAUUUGGCCACCAUCUAUUUUCUGCUUGUUCUCUCUUCAUGCAUCGACAUAAGUUUUUAUAGAAUUGAGUUGUGUUUUUUCCUCCCCCUUUCUUACUUAUCUGGAUGAUGGAAUUAACAAUCGCCACGUCUAUCUGUCGGGGUGGGCCUGGUCCAAGAUUAUGUGGUGGCUGAUGUAUAUUGGACUGAUGUAUAUUGGUUAUAAUUUGGGGAGUGGGGCGGGAAUGGGUUCUUUUCAAAGGGGAGGGCCUUCUGUCAGUACUGCAUAAAAGAGUUUUGUACCAAAUUUAAUUUAAUUAAAAUUCGUUACAAGUUUUUCUGGUUCCAGUAAUCUUUUCAGCCAGAGGUAAAGACUUUUAAGAGCGUUUCUUCGCCAACUUCACUGCAACCAUUGUAUGCCAACCCUAAUAUGAGAUCAGUGGAGCUCAAGAGUAGAAAAAUGUGCAUUUAAAAAUGUUUGAAAUUUGGCCAUAUUCAAUUAAAUAAACACCUUCUUAAAAAAAAAA